CUCGAAGCGAGACUGUCAGAAGAAACGAUGGACAGGUUAGGUGUGUGUGCGGUUCUCGCGAUAUACCUGCAACUUGUGUGGGGAGCUACAACACCGGUGGAUGAGUUUCUGUGCGGCAGCGACUAUUGUGUGGAGCAGGAUGGAGUUUACUGUGAUACCAAGUCGAAGAGCUGCAAGUGCCCCGCAGGAAUGAUUGGGAACGGCAGGGUCGAGUGUGUUGAUCCCACCAAGAAGUGCUUGUGUACCAUUCACGGAGACCCGCACAUCAUCAGUUUCGGCCAUGACUCUUUCACAUUUCCGCUUCCGUGUCAUCACGUGCUGGCUGAUUUUGUGACGCCCCAAACCCCAAGAACGCCGAACGGGUGUAAGGUGACCAUCGCUGGGAGAGCGACGUACCCGCCCAAAGGAAAGAAUACAAUCUACUCUUUUGAACGCCAGAUCGAGGUGGUCGUUUCAACUGCUACCAACGUGUUUGCUACUAUUCUCAACGAACAAGGCUUUGCAUGGAAAAAACUCCGACGGGUGGGGCCCAGGACGAGGAGGAGGUCAAGAAUUGGGCGUCUCACAGUCCAAACUGGACACGACUACAGCGACUUCUUCUUCCUCCACGUCAUGCCAUGCGACAUCACCGUCAAGUUCCGAGACUGGGAUGGGUAUUUCGCUUUGUCCAAACCUGUUGGUUCCAAAGGCACGGCAGGUGCUUGCGGCACUUGUGACACCGCUAUCAGCCCCGGGGACAAGGCCAAAAAGCUCCCAGACAAGACAGAGAUGGAACGCUAUCUUGAGGCACUCUCUAACGUCAGCCCAAUCGAUGGAUCCCCGGCCAAUCAAUACCCAUCCUGCGUCACUUUGACCGACCUCCAGAAUUCGUGUCCAGCUGAUAAGAAAACUGCUGCCGCGGAGGUGUGCAGCAUGCUGCUGCAAGAUUUAAAGACCAACGAAUGUCUUGUAAAGGGAGCUGGCACCAAUGGGGUGGAGGAUCGCUUCGUGUCAUGCUUCAAGAGUGUCUGUGAGGGAGCGGCGCCUUGCGGACUUAUCCCACAAGCGUUCGAGGGCUGUGCAGACACCCCUGUGGUCAAAGCAUACCAGGCUAGCAAAUGCAAGUGAUAUGAAUAAUAAUAAUGAUCUAUACAUCAUUGUCCAUUGCUUUAGACACAUUUAAGCGAAAUGAUGAUAUUUUAUGUUUUGUUUGGACUUGGAGGUUUAUGUCUCUGUGUUAUAACUUUAAAAUGGAUUCUCUUCUUUAAAAUGUAUUAAUGCACAGUGCAGUAAACUCAAACGGAAAUAUCAUUGACAGAGAAACUUGAUAUCUGCCAUGUUGCAAUAAUUGUUAUAUAUCCGUUGUUGUGUUUGAAGCAUUAUAAACAAUGACAGACAUGA